UAGGGUGUGCGUAUGUGUGUGUGUGUGUGUGGUUAAAAACUCUUCCUGGUUCUGCUCUUAUCUUGUUGCCUUCACUUUGACUUUAUCGUUUGAGCUCCUCCAUGUUCAAACAUCGUCAUGCUAACUAGUUUUGUUAACCAGUUCCCCUCCUGAGGCUCAGACUGCUGGUUAGUUCUAGUUAAUAACAUUAACUAGUUGCUAAAUUAGCCAAGGCUGACUGUUAGCGGUGGCUCUCCUGUCUCCAACAGGAUGUUUGCCUGCUGCUGUAACUGGCUCUGCCUGGACUCCACGGAUGUGGACCCGUCAGGCCGAGCUGACAGGAGACACCAGUCCUACACCAACUCAGCCUUCAACUCCCAGCCGUCUCCGCCUCCACCUGAGCACACCUGUAAGGCGUGCGGCGGCUCCUUCGACACACCUGCCAGGAAGCAUGUGUGUGUUGACUGUAAGAAGAACUACUGCAGCGGCUGCUCCGCCCAGCAGGGGCUGCGGCCGCGCCUCUGCCACACCUGUCAGCGUUUCUAUGGCAACCUGCUGGAGCGGGCGGAGCUGAUGAAGCUGAAGGUGAAGGAGCUGAGGGACUACCUGCACCUACAUGAGGUCUCCACCCACCUGUGCAGAGAGAAGGAGGAGCUGGUGGAGCUGGUGCUGAGUCAGCAGUCGUCGCCUUCCGGCAGCUCUGCCCCCGACACCCCCACCAUGACCUCUGACCCUCCUGACCCGACGCCUCGCAUCUCCGUCUCUGAUUCGUCCUCUGACGCAUCGAGUCCGGCCCCGCCCACUCCGGAGCCUGAAGCUCCGCCCCCAGACUCAGAGACUCCGCCCUCUGAUGGUGAGCUGGAGGAGGAUGACCCGGCCUGGGACCCGGAGGAGGCGCCCGUGUCGGGGCGACGGGCCUCGCUGUCGGACCUGAAAAGCGUGGACGACAUCGAGGACCUGAGCGUCCGGCAGCUGAAGGAGAUUCUGGCCCGGAACUUUGUGGAUUACAAAGGCUGCUGUGAGAAGUGGGAGCUGAUGGAGCGCGUGACCCGGCUGUACCAGGACCAGCAGAACCUGCUGGCGGCUAACUUUGUGAACGCUGCAGGUGGCGGCGGCGGGCCGGCGCCGGGCCAGGAGGAGAACCUCUGUAAGAUCUGCAUGGACUCGCCCAUCGACUGCGUCCUGCUGGAGUGCGGUCACAUGGUCACCUGCACCAAGUGCGGCAAGCGGAUGAGUGAGUGUCCCAUCUGCCGGCAGUACGUGAUCCGGGCCGUGCACGUCUUCCGGUCCUGAGCCGCGGUUCUCCAGAACCAGCCCUCAUCUCCUCUUCAGAACCGACCGCCUUUAAAGCUGCGAACCAGAACCAGAACCUGCUGAGGAGACUUGAUGACUGCUUCCUCUUUUCUUCUGCUGUGAUCGAAGCGUUUGGUACUAGUGUGACACUGUGAGAUCGGACCCGGCCCGUUUUCAGGUCCUGGACCAGAAACCCAGAACAAACAGAGCAGGAAUCCUGCAGCUGCUCAGACUCUCCGCUUUGCCUUAAUCUGAAUCACGUUUGGGUCACGAUUGGACCCGACCGGGUCAGAACUCUGAGCUUUUUAAUGUUUCUGGUUAAUUCUUCCUUCAAAGUGCCUUUUGGGAACCGUUCCCACAAUCCAGGUGUACCGGACCUGCUACUGGACCCGGCCAGUGGAGAGGGGCAUCUCCAUGGCAACAGACUGUCGCAUGUGCUGCUAUCCGACCCAUUACUCACCGUUCCCCAGAACCAUAAAGAAGAUUCUUUGGACCAGACAGGAAGUUUUACUUUACCUGAAUAAACCAGCACUUUUUUUUUCCAGAGUCACAGUUUGUUCUCCAGAUAGUUCACGGGCCAGAACUGUUCUGAUGCUACGAGGGAAUUGCCAUGGCAACCAGUGACUCAGCAUUUCCUUAUGAAACCCGUCACCAGGGGUGCUGGCAACUCCCAACAGAACCAACGAAUGCAGGACCUUUUAAAAGUCUGUAAUAAACUGAUUCAGCUCUCAGGUAACAAGCUCCAGGUGUGCCGUGUAGCUCCGCCCCCAGCCUCAGAUGAUUGGCUCAACAAGACGAGUCUGAAUCUAACCAAUCUAUUUUCAUUAUUUAUGUUGAAAUUAUGGGAUUUAAAGUGUUCAAGAGAAGUAUCUGACCUCUUACAACUUUUAAUGAAUUACUGAAUGAAAGGGAAACUAGAAUCUGAUCAGGAUUUCACUGCCGAGCCACCAGGGGCAGCAGAGGCGGUCCUUCUGCAGUUUAAAGGGAAUAAAGUGAAGUUUUCUGGGAAUGUCCAGAGCAGGUUCCUUCCUGCUCUGGACCUUUAGGAACCAGGAAGGUUCUGCUGAAUGUCUGAAGUCUAACAGAUGAUUUUAUGAUGUUUACCGGCAGCCUGUGUGAAGUUUUCUUCUUCUUCUGUUUGCACUAAAACCUUUUGAUGCUGAAUCACUUUAAACUUCCUUCUCUGGGGUUUUAUUUUGCUCUUGAUUUUUCUCUGAUUGUGUUAAAUCUGUUGUUUCUGCCUGCUGGUUUUGGAUCAGAACCGGACCCUCCAGCUUCAGAGUUAAACUGAUCCAGUGUCCGGCCCUCACAGAGGCCCCGAGCCACAGGUUGGGAACCUCUGCAGAUACUCCAAAUGAAGCUGGAAGCUAAAUAAACGUCCAGAUGAUUCUGGAAUCAGAGGGAUUAUUUGUAACAGAUUUUAGUUUGUGGAUUGAGCGCAGAAUAAAUUAGUAAUGAAACGGA